UUUUAUAACAGUUAAUUUAUCUAUAAAUGUCUUUUUUCUAAGAAAAAGAAAAUCAGAGAUUUCGUUGUGGGUAACUAUACAGUAGUUCCUCACAAAAACCUUUUUUGAUUUAUUUUCCUUUAUUCCCAGUCUCUUUCUGAUUACUUUACUCCCACCGUCAAGGUUGCUUUCAGUUUCCCAUUUCCAUACCAAUACCCCUCUCACUUUCUCUCUCUCUCUCUCCUAUAAAUUUCCCUUUGCUCAUCUCACUUCCAUUUUCUUCCUCAUGCUUAUUACCCAUUUGGCUUCUUCUACCUUAGAUUUCAUCUGGGAAUCUUUCAUUCUUUCUGUUCUUGCCCUAAACUCUUGGGUUUUGGUUUUUUAAUCUUUGUUGGCUGCUUUGACUCUCAUCUUUUUCACCUCUUAGGCCGCAUUUCCCUUCCAUCCCAUUUGGCUAGUUCCCAUUCCCUCUGUUCUUGCACGAAAUCUUUGAUCUUCACUUGUUACAUUUCAUUUCUUGGGUUAUCAAGAAAUAUCAAUUUUGGUUCUUGGGUUGUGCUCCUUUCUCUUCAAUUCACUCUUUUUUCUUUCUGAACUUUGAUUCUAAUUACAAUGUCGCAAGGCUAUGCUAUAGAGCUUUACUUCGAAACCGCCCUCGAAAACCAGGUCUUGAAGGCCUGGAACGUGCUCGCUCGCUGCAAUAUCAGCAAGAAACUCAUCGACAACCAAUCCCGUCCACAUAUCACCCUCUUCUCCAGCCCCUCUAUCGAUCCUCCGAUGCUUGAAAACGUUCUCAAGAGCCUUGCUUCGAAGCAGGAGUAUUUGCCUCUAUCUUUCUCUUCAAUCGGAACUCUUCCCGAUGAAAAUAACCUGCUUUUUCUCUCGCCGACACCAUCGUUGUCGCUUCUCCAGUUCCAGGCGCAACUGUGCGAUGCAAUGCAGAAGGAAGGGAUCGAAAUUUCGGAUCAGUAUAGACAGAACUCUUGGAUUCCUUAUUGCAAGGUGGCUGAGGAAGUGCCGAGCACUCAGAUGGCCGAUGCAUAUACCCUAGUGCGGAAGUUGAAGUUGCCGGUUUCUGGGUAUGCAGUGGACAUAGGCUUGGUGGAGUUUCCUCCGAUGCGCGAACUCUUCUCCUUUGUGCUUGGCAAUUCGGAAGAAGCAUGAGGUUUCAAAGCCUUUCCUUAUGUGUUACUCUGAACCUCUGUUUUACUUUUUUUUUUUUUUUUUUUGGUACUUGUUUUCUUUUUCUGGUGCCUUUGGUGUUACUGUAGAUUGAUAACAAUGGCGCUAUUCAGAGCACAGUUUCAAGAUUUUUAGUUCCCAAAGUUUGUGAUCGGCCACUCCAAAAAUCUCAAGAGUUGUAAAAUUCUUACAAUUCAGAUUCUUCCCCUGUUUUUCAUAUGAGCGCGCAGAGUUGCACAGCUCAUUUUGACCGCAUGCAGAUUUUUUUUUUUUUUCAGAUUUUUUUAAUAUAUUUAAAUAUUUUUAAAAAAUUUUAAAAAAAAUAUCAAUAUACUGAAAAUUAUUUCCUUAAUUAUUAAAUAAAAAAUAAUUAAAUUUUCUCUUUUGUGACUUUGAGGGACAUAGAGAGAGGACACACAAACAUUUUCCUUUUCAUAUGCUAAUCUUGUCCGGAACUAAUACAAGAAUUGCAAGAGUUAGAAGCCUAGAAAGAUGUCUUUUUGCAGCUGUUCAAAGAAUCUCUUCAUCUCUGUAUUUGAGGGUGUAUUUGCAAGCUCUGUCAUUAUGGUCUGAGUCUGCCUGCCCAUAUUUCAUGAACUCGAAUAUCGAUCAUGUUGGUUUCCAUUUAGAAUGAACUCAAGAGCUAGCAAUUGGUAUGGUUUUUUUUUUUUUUUUUUCUUUUCAUAUGCAUAUGAAAA